CUACAAAAGAAAGCACAAGCGAAAGAAGCAAGCAGUACGGAAUCUAAAAGUGAUGGUGCUUUUUAUAGCAGGGAAGAAGUUGCAAAGCACAACUCUUAUGAAAAAGGCAUCUGGGUAACAUACAAAGGCCAAGUGUAUGACAUCACAGAGUUUAUCGCCAGCCAUCCAGGGGGGCCAAGCAAGAUCAUUUUGGCGGCUGGUGGUGCAUUGGAGCCUUUCUGGGCUCUGUAUGCUGUACACAAUAACCAGCAUGUUCUAGACUUGUUGGAUGAUUACAGGAUUGGCUCAUUAGCGAAAGAUGAGAGCUCCAGUGACACGUCUGAUAUCAAGGUGAGGUUUUAAUAGCCUGGGUGCAAGCUCUCCAUUUAUGGCAAGUAAAGAGAACCACGAGAAAACUCGCGAGAGAGUAGCCAAGAGGCGAGUGGCGUCUCCUUUUGCGUGCCGCUCAUGCCCCGGUAGGGGGGCUUGAUUUAAGUAGGGAGAGUUGAAAAAUCGAUUUCUUUCAUUUUUUGUCUAUGAAUAGCUGUUAGGUAGAUAAGAAACGUGAUGUAAGUUGUUUCUCCAAAAGCCUUUUAUUUGCGAGAAAAAUUAGAAUAUUGGUUUUCAAGGUCGGAGUCUGAAAAUGGCCUAAUUCUUAACCUAAAAUUUGCUAACAUCAACUUUCCUCGCGUUCGAAAACAAAGCCGCACGGAGAAAUUUGUACACUAGCCGUUUUGCAUUUUAUUUUCUGAUUGUCGCUCUUAUUGAUGAUGAUGAGGAUUUUGACUAUUUUUCAGAUGAUGAUAAUGAUGAACAUUAAAGUUCUAUGUGAUUAGUCAAUAUCAAUAAAUAACUGAAAUUCGAUUAUAUUAUAUGAUGUAUUUUUGACAGGAUCCAUAUGUUAAUGAUCCCUCUCGUCAUCCAGCUCUGAAGAUCAACACCAAGAAGCCUUUCAACGCAGAGCCACCAAUGCAGCUUUUAGCCGACAACUUUGUUACUCCUAAUGACAUCUUCUUCAUUCGAAAUCAUCUUCCUGUACCAGACAUUGAUGCGAAUACAUACGAGUUGGAGAUCACUGGUGAAGGAGUCAAAACAAUCAAGCUCUCUCUUGAGGUAGGUGAAGUCGCUUUGCUCAAAAGGGGUUUGAGCUGAGGUGAAGACCUGAACGCAACCUAUUCGGAAAAGAAUAAAAAAAUCGUUGGCAAUUUCAAUGUGGCUCAGAAUUACUUAAAGCUACGUUACGGCGGGGCAGUAAAAACGUGGAACUUGUUUUGCAAAAUUGCUACAAAACGAGUUGAGAAGUAAUGUUGCGCGUUUUACCACUCACGUUCAAACUUGUUUUGCAGCAAAUAAGGUAGUUUCAAGUUGCGUGAAUGCUGACUUCUAGUUGGAUUAAAUUACUCGUGCCUGUGCAACAUUUACAGAUUUUUCACAGAUUUACAGAUUUUGUUGCAAAAAGUAGAAAUACUCUCUACUUUCUGCAACAAUUUUUCGCAGCCUAUAACAACCUGAUUUGUUGCAAGGCUGGUUUGGUUCGUGGGUGGCCAAACAAGCAUUAUUGUUAUUCAACUCGUUUUGCAGCCGCAAUUAUAAGAAUGGGAAAAAGGUUUUGCCGGUUCAAGAAAAGUAACCCAAAUCAGUCCAUUUAUAAAUGUCUUUUUUUCUUUCGCUCAAAUGUCUCAGAACUUGGGCGUGCUCGUGCGGGCGGCAGUAGGCAAGCGCAGAUGGUGUAAAAGGAGGUGUUUUAACCUUUUUGCUCGCUUUCGCGUUAUCAGUUUUCAAGCUAUUAUUAUUUGUUUUCGUUUCGUGAGAGUUUUUAUAUGUGAGACGUUUGAGUAAAAGAAAAAAAAAAGCAUUUGUAAAUGGGCUAAUUUGCGUUAAUUUUCUUAAGCCCGCAAAACCUCUCCCCAUUCUUCUGACCGGCUCGCGCCCCGCAAAUUUUCCACGAGCCCGCAGGCUCCUUCUUUACCUAAAACAACAUCUAAAUCUACUACACCAAACAAUUCCUUGCAAGGAAACAUACUGUUUUAUUCAUAUUUCAGGAGCUCAAGAGCAAGUUUCCAAAACACACAGUGAUGUCAACUAUUCAGUGCGCAGGAAGCAGACGCAGUGAAAUGAAUCAAAUCAAGAAGGUCAAAGGACUGGACUGGGGGGCAGCUGCUAUAAGCACUGCUGAGUGGUCUGGAGCGCGUUUGAUAGAUGUACUCAGGUAUUGUGUUGACUCUAUUCACCUUUAUACACCAUACACUUAAUCCUUCAUUAGCACAGUCGGCUAGUGUGCGCCUCUCGUGCGGGAGGCUCCGAGUUUGAUUCCAAACUCACUUUGGUCUUUCAAUGAAUGUUUUAAACUUACAACUCCUGUUCAUACCUAUGCAACGCGCCAAUCUUGUUCUGGAAGUCUUUUUGAAGCCUCUGUCAAUACCACCCAAUACGGCUUCAGGUUCCUAAAUUCACUGGUUCUCGCUUGGAAUUCCCCGUCAGCAAAUAUAACUAAUUUACAGUCUCUUAAGCUAUUUUGUAAAGCCCUAAAAAUCUCUAUGCUUAAUUGUUAUUCUAGUUAAAAAUUUAUCUGCCUUUAAUAGCAGUAUAGGGUGUAUAAAUACCUUUUUUAUUUUGUAUUUUUUGGGAUCAUCCACUAGAUUAGCUUUUGAUAUUUGGAUUUUCCCAGCUCGCUUCCUAUUUAGAUGCUACAUCUUUUUUUCCCUACUUGUAUAAUCGUAUUCAUAUGCUAUCUUCGCUAAUUCAAUCUGUGUCAUCUGUAAAACCGAGCCGAGUGAAAAGAACCUCCUCGUCUGAAAUUCCUUUACCAUUAAGCUUUAAGUAGUUUUAAAUACCCGAAACGGAACACUGAGAGGGACGGGGAGAGGGGCUAAAAUGAGCGCACCGUGGUGCCAGGCUUGUCACUCUAAUGAGUGCUGUAACGAGUUGCCGACGUGAAAUAAGGACCUUUGCCAAAUUCAGUUAAUAAUUAUCUUUUGUCGUCAUGUACUCAAUAAAAUGUUUCAAGGUGAAAGUUGUAUUGAAUUCUGUGUGCAGGUCCAAUCACGGCAACAAGGGCUAAUCAUGAUCAUUUUAAUGAAUAUUUUACCAAAAUUAACCCAAGGGUGUGGCUGAAUGCAUCAGAUGCAUAGAAAGAGCGUCCCCAGUAUGGUCCUUCAAUCUCGUCCUCCCGAUCCAAAUGUUAGCUCAAUCCCAUAAUCCCGUUGGUUGGUUUGGUCCCCCAGUGUCCCAGUUUUUACGAGUCCAUUACAGAAGUUGACAGAAAUUUCUGUUUUAAAACUGUAGGUAUAUCUGUGGUCUACAAUUGACUUAUUUCGCUAUCAGAAUCUAAAACCACCGGAAUAUAGAAUGUCUUCCUCUUCCUGCAGUAAUUUCAUAACCUCUUACCAAAUUUUUAAUAUCUCGCUUAUAUUAUAAACUUUCCCUUUUGAUUGGAAAAUUGCCUUAGUUGUCCGUUCUCCCUAAUAAAAAAGUCCCCAAAACGUAUGUAUUGGACAACGAGAGUACUUAUACCAUUUAUUUGGGAAAACCGGAAAUUCCGGUUAGAAAUUCAAAUGGUAAGCACCCUAACUAUAGACCAAUUUCUAUUCUUCGGGGUAUAAGUAAGAUAUGAGAUUAAUUGUGAUUGUAAUUGUAAUUUUUUUUACCCACGGAGCACUUAGGAGUUCAUAAGAACUCGCUGAAACGUAUCCGUGCGUUCCAGAUCGAAUUGGAAUUUGAAAGUGUUCGUUUUUAACCUUGGAUAGGGGAAAACCGUAGUACCCUGAGAAAAACCUCUCGGAGCGAGGGAGAGAACCAACAACAAACUCAACCCACAUAUGAAAGAAUCUUAGGAAUUCUAUGAAAACCAGCUUUAAAAUAGAACCAAAAUCCACGCGCAAUCUCUGUGAUCGCAUCGUUCAGUAGUUUCUUUCAUUUGAUCAUUCAGAUCCUUGACGUGGAAACCACGCUGUCGAUCGCUACAUAGUGAGAAGCUCUAAACGUUUGCGGAUUUAGCACACAACAGCAAUUUCACGGCAUAUUUUACUUUUAAAUGUUAUUCCUCCUGUAUUCUGAUUACAUAUGUCGUACAUCCAGGUAGCAUGCAAUGCAUGCAAUAAGUGCGCCAUUACCAAUUGAAAAAUCUGUACGUUCGUCUCUUAGAAGGGGGAAGAAUUUUAGAAACUUAAUUUUUGUCGAUCAUUAGAUACGCUGGCCUCGACGAAAAAGCAAUUGAACACAUACAGUUUGAGGGUGCUGACCACGACAUCACAGGCUCAACAUACGGUGCUUCCAUCCCAGUCUACACCGCGCUAGCCGCUGACAGAGAUGUUCUUGUCGCCUAUGAAAUGAACGGGGAUCCCAUCCCGCGGGAUCACGGGUUCCCCGUCAGACUUGUUGCUCCAGGAAUAGUGGGUGCUCGUAACGUGAAAUGGCUGAAGAAAAUUGUCCCAAGUAAAGAAGAAUGCACCGGUCAUUGGCAGAAAAAUGAUUACAAGGGAUUUUCGCCCUGCGUUGAUUGGGAUACCGUUGAUUUCACCACGGCUCCUGCUAUUCAAGAUCUUCCAGUAACGUCGGCAAUCUGUGAACCAGCCGAGGGUGCUGUCAUCUCCGCAGAUGAUGAAGAAAUAUCACUCAAGGGCUACGCGUGGAGCGGAGGUGGGCGAGGCAUCGUGCGAGUUGACGUCUCCCUCGACGGCGGCAAAUCUUGGCAUGUAGCUAACCUCAUAGGCGAUAAUAAGAUUUACCGCGCCUGGGCCUGGAAACUAUGGCAAGCAACUCUACCUUUGCCGGAAGGAAAGAACUCGCUUGAGAUCUGUGUCAAAGCCAUCGAUUCAUCGUAUAAUUCACAGCCUGACAGUGUAGCUCCUAUUUGGAACUUGCGUGGUGUGCUGUCAAAUGCUUGGCACCGCGUAAAUGUUAAAGUGAAACGUGAUUAG